AUGGCUCAGGAAUACAAGCUCAAGGGCGUCACGUCCCUGGAUCUCAAGCCAGGUGACAAGCAAGAAGUGGAGGUCGAGGGUCUCGAUGCCAAGGUUCUCCUCUUGAACGCCGGAGGUGUCGUCCAAGCCACCGGUCCCAGGUGUACCCACUACGGAGCACCUCUUGUCAAGGGUGUGCUGGGAACAGAUGGCAAGCUCACUUGCCCGUGGCACGGUGCCUGCUUCAACGGAAAGACCGGCGACGUCGAAGAUGCCCCCGCCCUCGAUGCCCUUCCCGUCUUCAAGGCUACCGAGAGAGACGGCGCUGUUUACAUCACCGGCGAGGCCGCUACCAUCAAAGCCGGCCACCGCAAGCCCAAGUUCAAGUGCAAGGCCACGGGAGGCGACAAGGUCGUUAUUGUUGGAGGUGGAUCUGGAACUCUUGGGGCUGUAGAAGGCCUUCGCGAGACGGGGUACACCGGCCCCAUCACAGUCAUUAGCAACGAAGGUUACCUGCCCAUUGACAGACCAAAGCUCAGCAAGGCUUUGUUGACCGACCUGAACAAGCUCCAGUGGAGAGACGCCGAGUGGUACAAGGAGGGCGAUGUGGAUAUUGUCCAGGACGAGGUGGCUGGCGUGGACUUUGCCACCAAAACGGUCUCGACCAAAUCUGGCGGCAAGUUUGCCUACAGCAAGCUUAUUCUCGCGACGGGUGCCACGCCAAGAGUGCUUCCUCUCCAAGGCUUCAAGGUGCUGGGCAACAUCUUCACCCUCAGAAACGUCCGCGAUGCCGAGAACAUCAACAGGGCCAUUGGGGAGAAGGGCAAGAAGAUUGUUAUCGUCGGGUCCUCCUUCAUCGGCAUGGAGUUGGCUGUGGCCACUUCCAAGGACAAUGAUGUGACUGUGGUGGGAAUGGAACAGGUUCCACUUCAGCGGGUUCUCGGUGAGAAGGUUGGUGGUGCCAUCCAAAAGCUGGUGGAAAGCAAGGGCGUCAAGUUUUACAUGUCGGCUGGCGUUGAGAAGGCCGAGCCCUCGGGCUCUGACCCAUCCGUGGUCGGGUCAGUUCACCUGAAGGAUGGCACCAAGCUUGACGCUGAUCUCGUUAUUCUGGGUGUUGGCGUUGUUCCGGCGACUGAGUACCUCAAAGAUAACAGCGUUGUCAGGUUGGAGGAGGAUGGCAGCCUAAAGGUCGACGAGUCGUUCUCUGUGGUGGGUCUCAAGGACGUGUAUGCUAUUGGAGACAUUGCCUCGUUCCCCUACCACGGACCUGCCGGUGACGGCAAAUACGUCCGCAUCGAGCACUGGAACGUUGCCCAGCAAGCUGGACGCAUUGCGGCUGGACACAUCACCAACCCAGCACGCGCCAACCUCAAGUCGCAGCCGUUCGCCCCCAUCUUUUGGAGUGCCCUGGGUGCCCAGAUGCGCUAUUCCGGCAACACACAGGCCAGCGGGUUUGAUGAUGUGGUUGUUCAGGGCAGCUUUGACGAGGGCAAGUGGGUGGCUUACUACACCAAGGGGGAGACUGUCGUGGCCAUGGCCAGCAUGGGCAAGGACCCAGUCAUGGCUCAGUUUGCGCAGCUGCUGCCGCUGGGCAAGCUGCCGAGCAAGUCCGAGUUGCAAAAGGGGCUCGACUUGCUGAGUCUCGGUCCACCGAAUUAG